AUGUUCGGCUCCUUUCCCGCCAUUGCUAGCCUACCACGGUACGCCAAAAUCGAUCCCAAGGACAUUCCUCCACCGACCCCCGUCGCCCUACCUCACAGCCAGCCUCAGCUGCAAUCACCACCCUCGCCACCUGCAUCCUCCGCCCAGCCUCUGGUCCACCUCAUCCAGACCGUCUAUCGCCCCGGCCAGGUUGCGCCCUCCAUCUUCGAGGCCCUCGGCGUUCAUGUAAUCCCCGACACGGCUGUCGCUGACUUGCUGCCCGACCCGGCUUAUGUCCCCGACUUUGCCACCUGGGAUGCGCUGUCAGUCGACGAGGCCCGGCAACGCAACGAUGAGACCAAGCGUCCUCUGAACACCGGCGUUCAGUCUCCGGGCUGUCAGACCUACCAAGAUCGCAAGCGCGAGCUGUCCAUCUCCAACCAGGAUGCCUAUCGCGUCGUGAGACGCCUGCCGCCGCUCAAGGGACAGCAGCAGGCUCGAUUGGGAAACGCCUACGAGUUCUAUCGCUGCUUGGAGGCAUUCACGACAUUUUGGGAUGACACCUCAAAGCCUACCCCUCCCGCUCACGACGCUGCUACUGCUGCUACCGCAGAUGACUCAUCGGCGAGUACGGAUGUGUCCACCCAAGGAGAACCGUCGGAAGAGCCAGUGCAUGCUGUCAGGACGGCGGCCGGCACCUCGAUGCCUGGUGACUAUCGCCAGAAUCUCGUGAAUGCCUUUCUCAAGCUCGUCGCCUACGACUUUGGCUGCAAUGCCUCUGCGUCGCGCGCUGAGCCCCGUCUUCACCUGAUCGCACCCUCCGCCGCGUCUUCUUCCAAGACCAGCAGCGGCUCAGGAGAACCGCACCAACGUAGCUCGUACUUUGCUUCGGGUUGCACUUUCAUCUUCCGCAGUCCACGCACCCGUGAUGCCGCUCGACAGGGCCUUGUGGAUGGACCUCUCGGUGCCGUUUCGGCCCGUGCGUCCGCAAACUUUGAUACAGAAGCUGACCACACCAUUGACUUUGCCCGUGAGAUUGUCGCUGCGCUCAUCACAGCCCAGCACCGCGCGCGCGAGGGCAAGACGGAACGCCGACCCGGCGAUGGGCAGUGGUGGACGACCGAACGGCGCUGGGGUGGUGGCCAAGGCGGGCCUAUCGGUCGGGAAGUCGAUCGAGACGUCGUUGCCGGCGACAAGGACGCCGCACCAAGCAACGAAAGGAAAGCUGAGCAGGCGACGGCCGCGCUCGGGUCAUCCUCGUCAGGCGCCAGACCGGGCGCGGCACCGGGCAUGCCUGUCAGCAAACGGCCGCGGAAGCAGAUGAGCAUCUAUGACAACUAUCGCAUGGUGCGUCCACCUUCGGCGUCGUGGGACCAGAAGACACGAUAUGAGGCCAUUGGAAAGGCCAGGGGGGCGGGAUACGAUGACAUUUUCGUCGUGAGCUCGCUGUUCCACCACGUCAGCAUCUUGCGGGUGAGGGUGCCGGAUCGGCUGCUCGAGGUACUAGGCGGUGCGCCCGAUGAGUACGUCGGUGGCAAGCGCAGCUGGGGUGGGCUGGAGGUGCGGAGGAGCCGAUGGUUUGAUCUGUUCCUCGUCGACCAGAGGAUCGAAGCCAUGGAGAUUGUCUGGGGCGUCAUGGCGUGGAUGAUGAGGGCGCCCGAGCCGGAGCGCGGCUCCAAGGAGGAGGACGUCAAGAUGGCGGGCACCUGA